AUGGUCUUAAAAGAUAAAAAAAAGAAACUUCAAUCCUUACGAUAUUUAAAAAAUAAAAAUAAAAAAAAGUAUCCUGAAAGAGAAACCAAUUCAAAAGAAACAAAACAAAAUGAAACUGAAGAAAACAAACAAAAUUAUUUAGACGAUGAUGAUUUACCAAGCUAUAAUAGUUAUGAUGAUGCAUUAAUUAAAGACAAGGAUAAAUUUUCAUAUAUUCUAAAUUCAGAUGAAGAACCAUAUGAAAUAAUAGAAGAAAAUCAAAUAAAUAUAUCAAAUAAAAAUAAGCAAAAAGAAUUUCACAUAAAUUUUGUAUUAACAUCAGUAGCUUUAAACAUCCCACCAGGAAUGAUAUAA